ACAUAAAUAUCAACGCCCAGGCGAAUCGCUAGACAUUUGCCCCAGCUACGUAUCUGUAGCUGGCCGAAGGCCAAGAUAGGUUUGGGGUUUCCGAAAUUAAACGCUGCCUAUUGAUUCCUAAAGGUCAUAUAAAAGAAGACGGGUACUAAAAGUUCUCCGAACAACGAGUGAAAAUGGCGGUGUUAUGGAGCUGCGGUGCUCUGCUCCUGGUAUGCCUGUGUACGGCUGGUGCCGACGAAGGUGUGGUGGCCGAGCCGACCGUGGUGAGCAACGUGACCUCGGCCGUCCUCACCUGCAACUACACCGGCAACAGCGCCGUCCAGAGCCACCACUGGACCCGCAACGGCAAGACCAUCGAGGGCACCAAGAAGACCUCCACCGACCGCAGCAUGCAGCACAAGCUGGAUAAGAUUGAUAGCAACUCUGGGGGUGUAUACGCCUGUGUCUUUACUACCGCUGGUGGGGAAGUUAAACAGGAGAUCGAAGUUAAGACUAAACCCCACGUGGGUGCCUAUAAGCACUCUGAGCACGGGAACGAGGGUGAUAAGGGUGCGCUGGUGUGUGUGAGCCAUGGGUAUCCCCUGCCCACCGACUGGGCGUGGUUCAAGUUGGUCAGCGAGGGCAAAGAGGAGGCCAUCGAGAACGGCACGGAGAAGUACGAGAUCAAAACCAUGCCCAACAAGACCACGCUGUACAUCCACGACCUGGACAUCGAGCGCGACGUGGGCGACUACGGCUGCCGAGGCGCCAACGCGCUGGGCGCCAACAGCGACCAGAUCCACCUGCGCGUGCGCAGCCGCCUGGCCGCCCUCUGGCCCUUCCUCGGCAUCGUGGCCGAGGUGGUCAUCCUCAUCGCCAUCAUCUUCAUCUACGAGAAGAGGAGAAAGCCGGACGAGAUCACCGACGAUGACGACUCUGGUGCAGCCCCUCUGAAGAACGACUCCGCCACCAACCACAAGGACAAAAACGUUCGGCAGAGGAACUCUAACUGAGGGAGGGAUGAAGGUGACAUGAUGACUACUGCUGCCCAUCGCUCAGUGGAGCUCUGAGCACUUCAGCGCCCCCUGCUGUCCUUUUCACUUCUGUGCCAUUUUUAGUGUUUUUUUUUUUUUUUUUUUUUUUGGUUUUUAUUAUUUUGUUUUGCUUGUGUGUAACUCUGAGGGAGGGGGCCAAGAUGCAUGAUUCUGGAGUUUUUUUUUUUUUUUUUUUUGGUCUUGUCAUUUACUUUUUUUUUUGAUAAGUUUUGUUUGUUAUAGUAAUUUUUUCUUUGUGCAUAUGCGGGAAGGAUUGGUAGGCUGUAUUUGAUGUAUAUUUUUUACUCUCUCUCUCUCUUGCUCUCUCUAGCCCCUCUGUCCAAUGCCUUUGAUAUAACAGGACUUUAAUAGCUGCCCUAGUUGCCUUCUUUAAAGGUGAAGCUCAGCAGAGCUCUGAUAUUUGCCCCUGGAGCGCCCCCCUCCACCGGAGACGCGUGUCAUUCACAUCCCGCCGAUCCAUUUCGGGAUUCUGUACCAACUUCUGCUCUCAGUCGCCACGGAAGCGUUUUUGCUGUGAUCUGAUAUGGGAGCGAGCAGGCACGCAUGUUUUGGAAAAUUAAGCCGCGAGCAGUGAUUGGCUGGAACAAAAAACAAAACCAGCGUAGACUCUGGGGAGGCCCCCCCCCGCACUGACGGUCGGGAGCUGUGCACCGCUGUUCUGCUCUUUCCAAACAUAGAAACGUUUGGGAAUACCGAGCCUGUCCAAUGCUGCCUGCUAGUGACUGGGAAUACCCAGAAUGCAAUGCAGGGUCUGUUUGGAGAGAGGCGAGGCCAACUCCACUCCUCUGUCAGGCGCAAGCAGCGACUGGUUUCUGUAAAACAGGGGGGGGGUGUUCAACUCCUGGAGGGCCACAGUCUCUGCUUGCUUUUUGUGACUUCCUUUCGAUCAGCUGUCACCAUCGAGCUCAGACCUGCCGCCAGCUCUCCACCCUGCUGUAAGAACUGAGCGUAGCACAAUGCUAACGCCCCGGGCUGGGCUUUAAAUGUGUAAAUGAGAUUAGUGAUGUCAUAAGUGAUUAUGACGGAAGUUCCGGAUCAGGAAGGGCUGUUUGUUCUAGAAGGCACAGAGAAAUGAUUGGCGGUCUGUGAAUGACAAAGGUUUCCCUUUUCUGGAUUAUAUCCCUUAAAAGGGAGGGGGGGGGGGGUUGAUUUUGGUAUUUUUAAUGGCUGCCCCUUGCAUUUUGUAUCCUUUUGUAAGCCUUCCGGGUUUAUAUACCAACAAGCUCAUAUCGUAACUGAGUUUUCUACGCUUCUAGCUGGUGCCAUAGUUAAAUGUAUCUAGCGUUCUCAGUAAAAGGACCAAGUACAUAUCAAAUUUGGCCUAUUUAAUUCAACUUUUUAAAAAGAAAAAAUUGUUUCAUUUUGGAGGGUUACAAUGGGAGUUGUCAGGUAAAAUUUUAUUAGUGCCAGAAAAGGCAAAAAGAAAAAAAAAGCAGCUUUACAGCUGAAAUUGUAGGAAAGAUGUUGGGGUUCAAAAAAAAAAGAGAGGAAAAAAGUGUUUAUUUGCCUUAUUAAUGACUGCACGUUUGGAAGCCAGGCCUUUUAAAAAAUUUUAAAUACUAGAUAGUGUUUUUGUGUGGGGGAGUGAAGUUUUUCGUUAUUCGAGCACCUGAGUGAUGUCACCGCUGCCUGAAACAGCUCCAGCACUGCCCAGUUUAACAAUCUGCGUAACGUCAAUAAAGUUUUAUUCUGAUUUGGGAA